AUGGGGAAGCCGGAGAGCGCGGCGGGGAUGGACAGAGCCGGCCCCGCGGGGCGCGGGCGCCCAGGCUUCCUGGAGGGCGCGCUGCUGCUGCUGCUGCUGACGGGGGCCCUGGGCGCCCUCGGCGUUCUCUACGCCGCCAGCAGAGGGAAGCCGCUGCCACCCCUUGCUAGCCGGCUGCGCUUCUCAAAGGAAGAGAAGACCAUUGUAAAACGCAAAGCCCGAGCCGCGCAGGAGGCCCAGGACGUGAGGGAGAUCUGCACCAGCCCCGGCUGCGUGAUGGCAGCCGCCAGGAUCCUCCAGAACAUGGACCCGUCCAAAGAACCGUGCGACGACUUCUACCAGUACGCGUGUGGAGGCUGGCUGCGGCGCCACGUGAUCCCUGAGACCAACUCCCGAUACAGCGUCUUUGACAUCCUUCGAGACGAGCUGGAUGUCAUCCUCAAAGCGGUGCUGGAGAACACCACCAGCAAGGACCGGCCGGCCGUGGAGAAGGCCAAGCUGCUGUACCGCUCCUGCAUGAACGAGAGUGUCAUAGAGAAGAGAGACUCCCAGCCACUGCUGGACAUCUUGGAAGUGGUGGGAGGCUGGCCCGUGGCCACAGACAAGUGGAACAAGACCCUAGGCCGCAGGUGGGAGCUGGAGCGGCAGCUGGCGCUGAUGAACACACAGUUCAACAGGCGCGUCCUCAUCGACCUCUUCAUCUGGACGGACGACCAGAACUCCAGCCGGCACAUCAUCUACAUAGACCAGCCCACCCUGGGCAUGCCGUCCCGGGAGUACUACUUCAGUGACGACGGCAACCAGAAGGUGCGGGACGCCUACCUACAGUUCAUGGUGUCGGUGGCCGCGAUGCUGCGCAAGGACAUGCGCCUCCCCAGGAACAGCCGCCUGGUGCAGGAGGACAUGGAGCAGGUGCUGGAGCUGGAGACGCGCCUGGCCAACGCCACGGUACCCCAGGAGGAAAGGCAGGACGUCAUGGCCCUGUACCACAGGAUGGCGCUGGAAGAGCUGCAGAGCCAGUUUGGCCUGAAGGGAUUUAACUGGACACUCUUCAUACAAACUGUGCUGUCCUCUGUGAAAAUCAAGCUGCUGCCCAACGAGGAGGUGGUGGUCUACGGCACCCCCUACCUGCAGAACCUAGAGCACAUCAUCGAUGCCUACUCAGCCAGGACCAUGCAGAACUACCUGGCCUGGCGCCUGGUGCUGGAUCGCAUUGGCAGCCUGAGCCAGAGGUUCAAGGACGCACGAGUGAACUACCGCAAGGCCCUGUACGGCACGACCGUGGAGGAGGUGCGCUGGCGAGAGUGCGUCGGCUACGUCAACAGCAACAUGGAGAGCGCUGUGGGUUCCCUCUACGUCCUGGAGGCAUUCCCUGGGGACAGCAAGGACAUGGUCAGAGAACUCAUUGACAAGGUGCGGGCUGUGUUCGUGGAGACGCUGGACGAGCUGGCCUGGAUGGACGAGGAGUCCAAGAAGAAGGCCCAGGAGAAGGCCAUGAGUAUCCGGGAGCAGGUCGGCUACCCCGACUACAUCCUGCAGGAGAAGAACAAGCGCCUGGACGAGGAGUAUUCCAACCUGAACUUCUCAGAGGACCUGUACUUUGAGAACACCCUGCAGAACCUCAGGGCAGGUGCCCAGCGGAGCAUAAAGAAGCUUCGAGAAAAGGUGGACCAGAAUCUCUGGAUCAUCGGGGCCGCCGUGGUCAACGCAUUCUACUCCCCGAACCGAAACCAGAUUGUGUUCCCCGCCGGGAUCCUCCAGCCUCCCUUCUUUAGCAAGGAGCAGCCGCAGGCCUUGAACUUUGGGGGCAUUGGGAUGGUGAUCGGGCACGAGAUCACGCACGGCUUCGAUGACAAUGGCCGGAACUUUGACAAGGACGGCAACAUGAUGGAUUGGUGGAGUAACUUCUCAACCCAGCACUUCCGCCAGCAGUCGGAGUGCAUGAUCUACCAGUAUGGCAACUACUCCUGGGACCUGGCAGACGAGCAAAAUGUAAACGGAUUCAGCACCCUCGGGGAAAACAUUGCUGACAACGGAGGGGUGCGGCAGGCCUACAAGGCGUACCUAAAGUGGACGGCCGAAGGCGGCAAGGACCAGCAGCUGCCAGGACUGGAUCUGACCUACGACCAGCUCUUCUUCAUCAACUAUGCCCAGGUGUGGUGCGGGUCCUACCGGCCCGAGUUCGCCGUCCAGUCCAUCAAGACUGACGUGCACAGCCCCCUGAAGUACAGGGUGCUGGGAUCGCUGCAGAACCUGGCCGCCUUCGCCGACGCCUUCCAGUGCUCCCGGGACACCCCCAUGCACCCCAAGGAGCGAUGCCGCGUCUGGUAG